GCACUGGAAGCCGUCCAAUGCCCUCAGGUACACGAGCUGGGCUUUUGAUGGUUUUCCGCAGUUUCACGAAAAAAUUAUGAGCCCAGGAAAUGCGUUUGCAUCUUCUCCAAAUUCAUCUACUCCUGGAACAAGAAGUAGACCACAAGAAAAUAUAUAUGCUCCAGGGCUCAAGGCUAGAGGCCCCCACCCGAUCUAGGGAGGCGGCAGGGGGGCCUCUAGCCCCGGACCCCUUUUCCGGAGGACUGCCGGGCGGGAAGGCUUCCAAGCGCCCGCCUCCGUUUCCUCGCGGCUUCUUGCCCCUAACCUACAAAACCCAAGCCCUUUAUGCCGUCUAAGCACCGACGGCCGGGGGUUGAAGGCUUCCGAAGGCUGCAAAGGUGGCAGGGCUUGACCCCCUUGCCGUGUUGCGUGUGCCCUAAAGAGCUCCGCUGUGAGUGUUGGCCCAUCACGGGGGGAAGGCCUCUGAGGGCAGCAGGUGGCCAGGCUUAACCCCCUGCAUCCACCGUCCCGUGCUGCACGGAACUCACGCGGGCAUGCCUUGCUCCUCGCCUUCGGUCCUCAACCUCCCCACGCGUUAAUUAUCUCUUUGUAUUUGUUGGCGGCUGACGCGGGGGGCCACCAAUGGGGGAGAUGAGGGCAACCCAGCAAAAGGGGCCAGGCUUUCCGACCGCGGCGGCCUUCGGCGGCCCUCUAAGUACCCCCGGCAGCCUUCCCCUGCUUGAUAGGGUUCAAGAGAUGGGCCGCCUGGCUGUAGCUUACACGCGGAGAGCCGCAAGCGGACGCCGGCUCCGCCUUUUGGGGACUUCGCCCCCGGGAAUCCGCACACCACCGCUCCGUCCGCAUGAGGGGGGAGGGGUGAGCCUCUCCCCUUGGUACAUAUAUUCAAGUACCUGGGCCUGGCAGGCCUCUUGGAUGCUUUUCCUCCAUCUCUUAAAAGAAGGCGUUGCUCGAUCACGAAGAGCGAUGUGCGCGCGUGGUACAGUUAUGGCAGGUGAAAAUAUUACCACAAUUAGCAACUUGAAAAAGAAAAGUUGAGUCUUCUUUCUGUACAUAAUCGAACUCCACUGCCAGCACGACCUGCACAAUCUAUGAUCAUUAGCGAGUUGAUUCAGAUUUUCUCGCUCCUGGUGAUUGCAUUACCGAGGUGGAUAGGAAUAGGCGUCUAUGUUUUCGCUUCUAAAGUAGAAUUGAGUGGAGUGACGGCAUCUCGCGAUAUGUGGACAAUUUGGUCAUUUGGUCACGUCGUAAAACGUCGAAGAGAACAAGUUUCAAGAAGCAGUUGAGUAAUGCGCGGAUGGCGUUUGACAUAGACGACGCCUCUGCCUUCACCCAAAGCGAUUACAACAAGCUAACCGAGAAACUCCCGUCAGUCGUAAUUCGCGAGAAAAAUCCGGGAACAGUAGUCGAGAUUAAGAGAAAAUUCACAUCGUUGACGUUCUUUGCAGACGACGGGGGCACAAAUGAGACCCGUCGACUAGCCAUCUGCCACCUGGAAGUGUACAGUUCUGCAGGCUCAGCACCCGCAGCUGUCGCACCAAAUACGCCGUCGGGGGAUGGAGCAGGCCCGUCUGAUUCUGAUGAGGAAGAAAACCAGAACGAAGAGGAUGCUGGUGAGGUCUCGAUCGAGGCAGACGUCGCUAUCGACGGAAGCUCAGACACGGAGUCGAGAACGUUUUUGAUGAUGCUCCAAGAGACUUCAUCUACUUUUAGAAAAGUAGAGAGACAACGACAAGGAAACUUUCGCUCAUCAAACUCAACGACGCAGAGCAGAAACGGCGCCAGUAAUACGUCUACCAGCACCAGUACACUCAGGAUAUCGGCUUUUACGUUUGAGUUAUGCAGCGAAGAUGCGUGAGUAGAAGUAGACAUACAAAUGCCGUUACAAGUACCAGAGCCAGUUGUUCUUCUUCUUAUACUAAGGAAUUUAUCUAGUAAUUGGAUAGAUUGAUUUGAAGAACGGCAAGAACAGCAACUGUCUUUGUCUUAGAUGAUGGCACAAGACGUUUCCUUUUCCUAGUUGAGCCGGCUUAUCUAUCAUAAUAGAUGUUGAAGUUGCCCCCGUCCCCCGCUACAGCUACCCAUGACCACUCAGAUGAACCUGUUCGAUUCAACGUCAGAAAGUAUGAACAUGAAGAAAAGCUUCAACUGCUUCUUUGCUCCAAGAAUCCAUCACGUUUCUCGCUGAGUGUCUUCAUCUAAGUAAGGACUUUUUCGAUAGCCCGACUUUCGAGGACGCAGUUAGUGGCGCUUUGCAGGUAGCGUGUAAACGCCACUGCAACGUGACACUCACCGAAGAGUACAUC